GGUAACGGUCCCCCGCCCCGGCGCUCCCUCAGCGCGGCCUGUGCCCCGGGCGGCGGUGCUGGUGCCGCUGUCUACGGACGGGCCGGAGCCUCCCCGCCCCCGCAGACUUGGAUCUUCUGUCUAAUAAACAAACAUGAGUCAUCUGAAGUUGUUUGCAGCUAGGCUGAAGUGGCAUGGCAUUAAACUUCUGGAAAAGCAAGAUAUAGCCAGAAGGGUAUUUGUACAUGGCCAACGGUAUGCUUCAUCAGGAAGCUCAGAACCAUUCCUGAGUGGGAGUAAUUCAAAUUAUGUGGAGGAAAUGUACUAUGCGUGGCUUGAAAACCCAAAAAGUGUACAUAAGUCCUGGGAUUUGUUUUUCCGAAAUGCUAACGCUGGCCAAGCAUAUGAUGCCAGUCUACCAGAGCAGUUGGAAAGAAAGGCGUCAUUUCUUCAGAGCCACGGCCUGGCCCAGACACCAGGGAAAGCUGAAAAGCUCGUUGAAGAUCACCUUGCUGUGCAGUCUUUGAUAAGAGCAUACCAAAUCCGUGGCCAUCAUGUGGCUCAGCUGGAUCCCCUUGGAAUUCUGGAUGCAGACUUGGAUUCUUUUGUGCCAUCUGACUUAAUCACUACCAUCGAUAAACUUGGGUUUUAUGGUUUGCAUGAAUCUGAUCUGGACAAAGUCUUUCAGCUGCCUACAACCACCUUCAUAGGAGGAAAUGAGAACAGUCUGUCUUUACGGGAGAUCAUCAAACGGCUGGAGAAUACCUACUGCCAACACAUCGGCUUGGAGUUCAUGUUCAUCAAUGAUGUGGAGCAGUGCCAGUGGAUCCGGCAGAAGUUUGAGACGCCGGGGGUGAUGAAGUUUACUAAUGAGGAAAAAAGAACUCUGUUGGCACGGCUGGUGCGCUCAAUGAGAUUUGAAGACUUCCUUGCUCGCAAGUGGUCUUCUGAAAAGAGAUUUGGUUUGGAAGGAUGUGAAGUAAUGAUUCCUGCACUUAAGACCAUCAUCGAUAAAUCCAGUGAAAUGGGAAUUGAAUAUGUUAUAAUGGGGAUGCCUCAUAGAGGUAGGCUGAAUGUAUUGGCUAACGUCAUCCGAAAAGAGCUGGAGCAGAUCUUCUGUCAGUUUGAUCCCAAACUAGAAGCAGCUGAUGAGGGAUCUGGGGAUGUAAAAUAUCACCUGGGAAUGUACCAUGAGAGGAUCAACCGAGCAACAAACAAGAAAAUCACUCUGUCCCUGAUGGCUAACCCUUCUCACUUGGAAGCAGUUGAUCCUGUGGUGCAAGGGAAGACAAAAGCUGAACAGUUUUAUCGAGGGGAUACAGCAGGGAAAAAGGUUAUGUCCAUAUUAUUACAUGGGGAUGCUGCCUUUGCAGGACAAGGAGUGGUUUAUGAGACGUUUCACCUUAGUGACCUCCCAUCCUACACCACGAAUGGCACUAUUCAUGUUGUGGUCAACAACCAGAUUGGCUUCACGACAGAUCCCCGCAUGGCCCGUUCAUCUCCAUAUCCUACUGAUGUUGCUCGUGUGGUCAAUGCUCCCAUUUUUCAUGUGAAUGCUGAUGACCCUGAAGCAGUGAUGUAUGUCUGCAGUGUAGCUGCAGAAUGGCGAAACACAUUCAAUAAAGAUGUGGUGGUUGACUUGGUUUGUUACCGUAGGCGAGGACACAAUGAAAUGGAUGAACCGAUGUUCACCCAGCCUCUAAUGUACAAGCAGAUUCACAAGCAGGUGCCAGUGCUGAAGAAGUAUGCUGAUAAACUGAUUGCAGAUGGGACUGUAACACUCCAGGAGUUUGAGGAAGAAAUUGCAAAGUAUGAUAGAAUAUGUGAAGAAGCAUAUACUAGAUCUAAGGAUAACAAGAUUCUACAUAUCAAGCACUGGCUUGAUUCUCCUUGGCCUGGAUUCUUUAAUGUGGAUGGAGAACCCAAGAGCAUGUCUUGUCCUCCAACUGGCAUUUCAGAAGACCUUCUGACUCACAUUGGCAACGUAGCUAGUUCAGUGCCAGUCAAAGACUUCAAAAUACAUGCAGGACUCUCUCGGAUUUUGAGAGCCCGCUUGGAAAUGACCAAGAAUAGGGUUGUUGACUGGGCCUUAGCAGAAUACAUGGCUUUUGGCUCCUUUCUGAAAGAAGGGAUCCAUGUGCGACUAAGCGGACAGGAUGUGGAGAGGGGUACUUUUAGCCAUCGUCAUCACGUGCUUCAUGAUCAAGAGGUUGACAAGAGAACGUGUGUGCCCAUGAACCACCUCUGGGAGCAGCAGGCCCCCUACACGGUGUGCAACAGCUCCCUCUCCGAGUACGGCGUCCUAGGUUUUGAACUUGGCUUUGCUAUGGCGAGUCCCAACGCCCUGGUGUGCUGGGAGGCCCAGUUUGGUGACUUCCACAACACGGCGCAGUGCAUCAUAGACCAGUUCAUCAGCUCCGGCCAGGCCAAGUGGGUCCGUCACAACGGGAUCGUCCUGCUCUUGCCACACGGAAUGGAAGGAAUGGGUCCCGAGCAUUCAUCAGCCAGGCCCGAGAGGUUUCUGCAGAUGAGCAAUGACGAUUCUGAUGCUUAUCCAGAGUUCAGUGAACAGUUUGAAGUUUCCCAGCUGUAUGAAUGCAACUGGAUUGUGGUGAAUUGUUCAACUCCAGCCAAUUACUUUCACGUCCUCAGAAGACAGAUCUUGCUGCCAUUCAGAAAACCGCUGAUUGUUUUGACACCCAAGUCACUGCUGAGGCAUCCAGAAGCUAAAUCCAGUUUUGAUGAAAUGGUGUCUGGUACCACUUUCCAACGCGUGAUUCCCGAGAACGGGCUGGCAGCUCAGGCACCACAUGAAGUCAAGCGAGUGAUUUUCUGCACAGGAAAAGUGUACUAUGAUCUUGUGAAAGAGAGAAAGAAUCAAGACCUGGAGAAACAAGUAGCUAUAACCAGACUUGAGCAGAUCUCACCAUUCCCCUUUGACCUGCUGAAAGAGGAACUUGAGAAGUACCCAAGCGCUGAUCUAGUUUGGUGUCAGGAGGAACACAAAAACAGUGGAUAUUAUGAUUAUGUCAAACCUCGUUUCCGCACUAUUGUGAACCACACUCGACCUAUAUGGUAUGUUGGCCGAGAGCCAGCGGCCGCUGCUGCCACAGGCAACAAGAACACGCAUCUGGUGUCGCUCAGGAGGUUCUUGGACACAGCGUUCAACCUGGAGGCCUUUGAGGGAAAGACAUUCUAACUGCAGACCACCCACCCAUCCCUGACUAGUGGUCUCUCAAAUCACUGCAGCCGAGUAAUAAACGUGUGGAAAAUACUGCAAAUUAUGUAUUUUUUACUUUACCAGAUAAAACAACCCAGUAGCUGACUUCAUUAAUCUGCACCUUGCUUUGCAGUUUAUAAGGAAAACAAAAAAAAAAAUUCCAACUUGUCUUCCACCAUUUUUUGUCGCUUCUCUAUUUAGAUUGGGACCUCUUUGGCACAAGAAGAGUCUCCUGGAUGCAGUGUCAGCUCAGGGAGGCUCCAGUCUGAGUCUGUGGGCAGUGUCUCAUUACUGUAAGCAAGUAGAGCAGGCACGGACAGCAUGACAGUUAUGCACACCCCUGAAAAAGAAAAGAGUACGUUUGGGAGGCACAAAGGAAACAAGAUGCAUUGCUACAAGGAAAAUGGUUGACAGUUAUUUCUAGGUAUGUUGGAGAGGAGUAAUGAAACCAAAAAGCAAAGAGUUGGUUACUUUGGUAGGUAAAUGCCCAGGCGGUGGUUGUUGGAAGGAGAUGGUCAUGUAGCCUGGGGAUGUGGGGAGGAGGCUGGACACAGGGAGGCAGGUUACACGGUAACUAUGGGUGAUAGCAGAAGUGGUGCAGACCGCUGAGGUAUGAGGUGGAGGAGGGUGAUGAAGGCAGAUAUAAAAGGGACCAAGAAAAGGGUUGUUGGGGAUUGUUGAAGUCUACACAAGACCAGAGCUGACAGAGCAGUGGGUGAUCAGCAGGAUCAGGGGAAUUAAGGAACUGUGGGGUUCUGUGACAACAACAUCCUUGUUUUGGAUGAGCACUCUUUCCCUCAACAAAGUAUUUGGUUCUGCUUUUCUUUGACCUGGUAGCACCCGUAAAAAGAUUGUGUUUGGAUGAGAAACCUGUAUUUGUGCAGGAGGUGGUGGGUUCUCUGCUUUGUCCAGUGGUAAUCCCUGCCUUGCAUCUCCUCACUGAUACUAAUUAAACUCUGAAGUGGCAAUUCCUGAUAUAGUCACCCUUUUUCUGUGUUAGGAGGAAAGUGGGCAAGAAGCGGUUGCUGAUUGACCAAAGGCACAUGCUGUGGUUUUGUACAAGUAGUAAUUGAUUAUUUUUUUUUUUUGUCCCUUGUGUUUACUUGUCAAUUAGGAUAUCAAUUGCCAUGUAGGUUCAGUAUGGACAUAAAAGUGAACUGCCUCCAAGAGCUGGCUCUGUGUAAGGCAGAUGUACAGCAGGUGCUGGAGAGGAGGGAACAGCAGGGGUUGUUUCUCUUCUCAGGAGAUAGUGCCUGGCUUCCUGGGGGACACCGUGCAGCAGGGUGGUCUCGGAGUGCCACGGCUUGUGCUUCCUCUGCAGUGCUAGAAGGCAGGUGGGUACAGCUUUCCUCUCCCCUCUUAAUGUAAGAACUAGUGUUGCCAGAAGUCCUGUUCCCCCUGCCCCUGGAGAACUUGGGUCUGGGUGGACCUUGUGGCUACAGGUUUCUGCACCACUAGACUGUGUAGUGGCAGGAGACUUCUUCCCUCCUUUCUGCUGGCUGGCGGAGGGAGCUGCUCAGUAAACAGAGUAGGUGGUGUAGUAGGAGGCAGAGGAAUGGCCGUGCCUGUGUUGAAGCAGGAGGUAGGAACUCCCUGCACGAGGACCCUGUGCCCCUGCAGUGCCUGGAGGGUUGUGCUAGACCCCCCCAGCAGCCACCGUGAUGUGUCAUAACAAGUGACUGGAAAACACACAGAUGAGGCUUCACCCCCAUCUCCAGUUCCCUGGCCUGGGCGUGCUCUUGGCAUAAGUUUUACCCUGGCUGCUGUAUUGGCUGAGACGUAAUAAGGCUUGACAGUUUAUGCCUCCUUCAGAGAGUCAGGUGAUGCUGGAAAGCUGCUUGUCUCAUCCAAAUAAAAAGCUGUAUCAAAAACUUUUAGCUAUGAUCAGGUACCACUUGUCCAAGCAGAUUACCAAAAAGGGGGGAUGUGUGCCUUAUGCUGUCCCUUUACUUGGCCUGGAGACUACACGACGAUGGAAAAAACAGUCCUUCUGUCAGAGCAUAAAACUGAUGUGUUAAGGUACUUACCACGGGAUCCAGAACCAAACUUUGUCUAAUGUUCAUGAAACUCAGUAGAAUCCUUUUCAAUCAGGCCAGUUGCCUCGGGCUUUUUCUCUCAUUGAAACAGUGAUGCUAACUCACUCUUUUGAAACUGAUGAACUUGGAAAGUACUGCAGUCGACAGCAGCAAAGAUUGUCUCCUGUCCAUUUCUGUAGCUCAAAACAUUAAGCUGAUAGGCAUUAACCAUCACCCGAAGUGUUUUAAUGCUUUUAUGAAUGCUUGUUUCUGUGGCAAGAAUUGAGUGCAGCUAAAUAUUGCUGGCACCAUUUAUUGUAUUCUCAGUUUGCAUCAGGCAGGUCAGUUCUGCAUGAAAUAUGAUAAAUGCACUUAUGCCACAAUGUAUGCAGAGGUAGAAAACAAAAUCAACAUAGAAAUGUAAGUGGUAAAUGACAGCUUUCCAUUUUCAUUGUGUGUCAUAGAUUGUGGCACAACAGUUGCAUAAAAAUUCCAUCAAAGAAUGUAAAAAACCCAAUAAAAUAAAAAUAUGUAAGAACGAUG